AUGGCCGGCGGUCAUCAUGACGACGGCUCGACCUACAGCCCCCGCAUCGCCUUCAUCUACGUCUUCAACCUUAUCGUGGGCACGGGGGCCCUCGCCCUCCCGUCCGUGCUCACAACAGGAGGAUGGGUUCUUGGAACUCUCUUUCUUCUCCUCGUUGCAUUCACCAGUUUCGUGGGAGUGACGUUCAUGAUUGAGAGCAUGGCUGCGGCAAAUGCUCUCAGCACUAUACGCCAUGCACAGGACGGGCAGUACGUGUCAGACACAGAGCCGUUGAUCAGUGAUGGUGAAACGGCUGUGAUGCUCAAUGGCGGAUCUGAGAGCGAUGGGGGCAAUGCACGUGCAGGAGGAGCGGGGGGAGGGGGAGGGGGAGGGGGAGGGCUAGGGGGAAGCGGAGGGGGCGGAGGAGGGGGCAGCAGCAGCAACGGGGGAGGGCCGUUUGAGAUCGUGCAACGAAUGGAAAUGGCACAGAUGGCGGACAUGUUUUUCAGUGACUGGGGGCGAAUAUUCUUCUACAUUGCCCUCAUUCUGUACCUGUUUGGAGACGCGGCCAUCUACUGCACCUUUGUGCCGCGCUCCCUCGUGGCCUUCUUCUUUCCAGAGAACCCCCCGCCCUGGGCCUUUGACGCCUUCCUCGUGCUCUUUGUUGCUGUCAUCGUCCCCUUCUGCUUCUUUGACUUCCAAAAGACCAAGCCCCUGCAAAUCGUCACCAUGGUCAUUCGAAACGCUGCCAUUACAACCAUGAUUGUGAUUGCUGCAUGGGUGGCAUACUCCGAAGGCCCUCGCACCACUGGAGUGCCUAAUUUCAGAGUCACUGCCCUGCCGAACCUCUUUGGUGGCGCCGUUUAUGCAUUCAUGUGCCAUCACAGUCUCCCCGGCAUCAUCACGCCCAUGAGGGAGAAGUCCUUCAUUCGUGUGGUGCUCCUCUCGGCCUUCCUGGGCGUCUUCCUGCUCUACCUGCUGCUCUUCCUCUCCUGCGGCAUUGCCUUUGGCGUGGGAGCAGAGGACCCGAUCACCUUCAACUUCUCUCCAGCCAAGUUUGGCUGGAUCGGGGACCUCCUCUUUCUCUUCCCAGUGGUAACCCUAUCCUCCAACUACCCCAUGCUCACCAUCACUCUGCGCAACAACCUCGACACGCUGCUCACGCUGCUCUUCCCCAAGGGCUCUCCACUCUUCCCCGCCGCCCCCGCCUUCUCCCCCCGCCUUCCCCCGCGCCCCUCGCGCUUCUCUGACUCCCCUGGGGGGGGCACGGGGGGAGCGGAGAGGGGGGUGCGAGUGUCGGCGAAAGAUAAGAAGGCGGUGGCGUGGCGGAGAGUGAUGGUGACGCUGCUGGCCACGGUGCCUCCCAUCGCAUGCUGUGUGAUUGCAGAGCACAAUGGGGUAAACGUGAACUCGCUGGUUGGAGCAACAGGGGCAUAUGCAGGAGCAGCAGUCAUGUUCAUCAUUCCUGCAUGCCUGGUGUACCGAUCGCGAUGGAUUCUGAAUCAGGAACUGCCGCAGGAUUUGGACGACUCUGCCCGUCGCAACGAGCCACACCCACUCAAUCAGCAUGCAUCACCUUUCCGCAGCCCAUUAUGGGUCUCUUCCUCCACUGGCUUUGCCACGCAUACCCACCCUUGCCAUGGCGGAGAUCCUCGGCAGCGCAACUCCCCACCUGCGCCUUCAUUCUCCAUGACCGCACGGUUGCGGUUCCUGCAUGUGCAGUUUGCCUCGUGCUGCGCGCAGUCAGUGCACUUUGCGGCAGGCCUGACAAGCACGUCUCCCCCCCAUUCACCACCUCAUUGGCCCCUCUCCUUCACUCACGCCGUCCUUCACUCCCUCGCCCUUUCCCCCCACCCACCCUCCCCAGUUUCCUCCAGUCAACCAAUCCUCCUCCGCCCCUUGCCCUACCUCACACCACCUGAAAUUCUUUGCCUCGAGCUGAGCCGGCAUCUCACCAUGCAGCAGGUCUCCCCCGUGCUUCACGGCGUGUGGCCCGGCGCGCAAAUGCCGGUCGGCCCACAGCAGCAGCAGCAGCAGCAGCCGUCGCUUUCUCUGCUGCAGCAGAGCGCCCCGGCCGCGCCGGCCCCCGCCGGCGGCGCUGGUGCCGGCACCGGCGGCGGCGGCGGGGGGCAAGAGGAGGUUAAGACCCUGUGGGUGGGCGAUUUGCAGUAUUGGAUGGACGAGAAUUACCUCUGGAACUGCUUCGCGCACACAGGCGAGGUGAGCGCGCAAGAGCGAGUUGGGCGCGCAAGUGCGGGGUGGGCGCGCACGGGUGGGGUGGGCGCCCACGGGCGGGGUGAGCGCAAGAGGGGGGUGGGCGAGCACGGGCGAGGUGAGCGCGCACGGGUCCAGUCAGUGAAUAUAUUCCGCAACAACAAGGCGACGGGGUACAGCGAGGGGUACAGCGAGGGGUACAGCGAGGGGUACAGCGAGGGGUACAGCGAGGGGUACAGCGAGGGGUACAGCGAGGGGUACAGCGAGGGGUACAGCGAGGGGUACAGCGAGGGGUACGGGCUCGGUCUUGUGGAGCCGAGUGGUUGCCGGACAAAUGCCAGGCACCCCUCCCCUCCCCCUUCUCCCCCCUCCCCUCCCCCUUCUCCCCCCUUCCCUCCCCCUUCUCCCCCCUUCCCUCCCCCUUCUCCACCCUCCCCUCCCCCUUCUCCCCGCACCCCUCCCCCUUUUCCCCCCACCCCUCCCCCUUCUCCCCCCUUCCCUCUGCCGCCAUCUCUGAAGAUCAUCCGCAACAAGGCGACGGGGUACAGCGAGGGGUACGGGUUUGUGGAGCUGUCGUCGCAUGCGGUGGCGGGGAGUGUGCUGGGCAUGUAUGCGGGCACCGCCAUGCCUCAGACCGACCAGCAGCCCUUCCGACUCAACUGGGCGAGCUUUGGCAUGAAUGACCGCCGGCAAUCGGACGGGCCAGAGCACAGUGUGUUUGUGGGCGAUCUAGCAGCGGACGUCACGGACCUGCUGCUCACUGAAACCUUCCGCGCGCGAUACCCCUCCGUGCGAGGCGCCAAGGUCGUAAUGGACAACACCACAGGGCGCAGCAAGGGGUACGGUUUUGUGCGGUUCGCAGCGGUGGAGGAGAGGGACCGUGCCCUGGGGGAGAUGAGUGGGCAGUACUGCUCCUCGCGCCCCAUGCGCAUCUCCAUCGCCACGCCCAAGAAGGCCGCGGCCUCCUCCUCUUCUGCCUCCUCUGCUGCUGCUGGCUCGUCUCCUGCUACGGCUGGUGAGAUGGGGCCUGGAGAGAGGGGUCUGGCGGGGAUGGUGUGGGUUCUGGUUGGUUGUGGAAUGGCUUUGUGCAUGGGGCCGGUCUGGGCUGGUUGGUACUGCUCCUCGCGCCCCAUGUGCAUCUCCAUCGCCACUCCCAAGAAGUCCGCUGCCAAUUCCUCCGCCUCCUCCUCCACUGUUCAAUGCCUCUAUCCUCACUCUCCCCUCCCCCACUUUAAUCCCCCUUUUCCAACUCUCCACACCCUUUUCGCCACUUCCGUCUCCACUUUCAUACUCCCUUCAUCCCUUUCCCUGCUCUCCCACCUCCCCGGUUCCCCUUUCUCCCUUUCCGAGCACCUUUGCCCGGUGUUUGUGGGGGGGUUGGACGCGAGUGUGACGGAGGAGCAGCUGAGGAGCGUAUUUGGAGCCUUUGGGGAGCUGGUAUACGUGAAGAUACCCUUUGGCAAGGGCUGUGGCUUUGUGCAGUUCCGGCAAAGAGCACAUGCAGAGGAGGCCAUUCGCAGCGUGCACGGCACCAUGAUCGGCCAGCAGGCAGUGCGGCUGUCUUGGGGGAGGAACCCCACCGGCAAGCGGCCCCAGCAGCAGUCCUCAGGAGGGCAGCAGCAGAAACAGCAGCAGCAGUCGCAGCAACAGCAGCUUCAGCAGCAGCAGCAGCAGCAGCAGCAGCAACAGCAGCAGCAGCAGCAGCAGCAGCAGCAGCAGCAGCAGCAGCAGCAGCAGCAGCAGCAGCAGCAGCAGCAGCAGCAGCAGCAGCAGCAGCAGCAGCAGCAGCAGCAGAUCUGGGGAAGGACUGUUGAGGGGGUGAUGAAGCUGGGGAAUGUUCUCUCCCCAUCAUCCCUUGCUAUCUCCUUAUCCGUGUUCUCUCCCCAUCAUCCCUUGCUGUCUCCUUAUCCGUGUUCUCUCCCUGUCAUCCCUUGCUAUCUCCUUAUCCGUGUUCUCUCCCCAUCAUCCCUUGCUGUCUCCUUAUCCGUGUUCUCUCCCUGUCAUCCCUUGCUAUCUCCUUAUCCGUGUUCUCUCCCUGUCAUCCCUUGCUAUCUCCUUAUCCGUGUUCUCUCCCUGUCAUCCCUUGCUAUCUCCUUAUCCGUGUUCUCUCCCUGUCAUCCCUUGCUAUCUCCCCAUCCUUGUUCUCUGCCUAUCCUCCCGUGCAUUCUUCCCUGCGGGCCCGCUUUAGUGGCAUACAAGCAACGGGAUGAGCCGGGCAUAUCCAAUCCAACGAGGUUGGUACGUGCUAACUUUGCUGCUUCUAAGGGGUGCAUGACUGCUUCCCAGACGUCUUAA